UCAGCUGGCUCAGCAUAAAUUUUCUGGAGUUGGAGCUGGCCCCCCAGAGAUUAUCAGACAUAGACGUCUAUACUUAACUAGGUCUGCAUAUAGGUCUAUUCUUCAAAAUGGAUGUUGAAGGUGGAACCAAAACGACUUUGUCCCAUCUGCCCCUGAUACGUUUUACUACCGUUGCAACUGUGUUAGUUGCUAUGGAGUCACUGGUAUGCAUAGCACUGUGGCUUGCUGGAGGUGACUCACUGUACUUGGAGGACAGUGUGGAAAAAUUCCUGUUCACUCAUUCGACAUUCGAUUUGGCCUGCUUAGCUGCUGUCCGAGGGAUUGUUGUAGUGGGAUGUCUGUUUUAUCUCGAGAGCAGCCUCAUUCGAAGCCAUACUUUUCAGAAGAAAUCCAGUCGUCGAGCUUCCCAAGUAUGCCUCGUUUUAAUGAUGGUAGUCAUUGUAAGUACUCUAAUCUACGCUGUUGUCAAAGGAGUUAUGGUCUUACUUGAAGUGAUAAGUGGUCGAUGGAAUAAUAACAUUAAUCCUGACCUACGUAUGAGUGUGCCGUACAUUAUACUGAGCAUAGCUGGGAUUGUGUUCCCGGCUGUGGAUUUGGUGCUUGGCUUCAUGAGCUGGUGGUGUGUCAAGCGUAUGCUGCAUGUGAGACGUAUUCGACUCUUAGUCAAUGAACCUGUGGGUCAAGAUGACGAGAAAAGUGAUGAUGCUGUUGCAAAUAAUGCCAGCUUUAAACGAAUCAUUCUCCUAGCCAAACCGGAAAUUCCAUUACUCUUAGUGGGGUGUGUGUGCCUGAUAAUAGCAACUGCUUCUGUGUCUGUUGCUCCUCUGUUGUUUGGACGUGUGAUCUCUUACUCAGUUCCAGGACUAUCGAACUGCACUGGUAUUUAUCCUCCUCCUCCGAGUGACUCUUGUGUUUACUACACCAUAGAACGUAUGAACAUUGAAGUUGUGUAUCUGGUAGCCAUCUUUGCCGUGGGGUGCAUCGCUGUCACCUUCAGGGCGAUACUGUUCAACAUAUCCGGAGAGAGAUUCGUAGCACGACUCAGGACAAAGCUUUUCAAGGUAAUCAUGACACAAGAAAUGGGAUUCUUUGACAAAAGCAGAACUGGUGAGCUAACAAACCGACUGGCAGCGGACACACAAGUGGUACAGAGUGCAGUGACUGAGAACCUCUCCAUGUUGGCUCGGUACACGCUGCAAAUGCUCAUUUCUCUGGGCCUCAUGUUUUACAUCAAUGCUAAGCUGACUGCCGUUUUGUUGUCAGUGGUGCCAAUCAUUGCUGUAGCUGCAGUUCAAUAUGGUCGUUUCGUGAAGAAGAUUAAAAAGAAAUUCCAGGACAAGUUAGCCCAUGCCAGCAGCACAGCUGAGGAGUCUCUUAGCAACAUGGUCACUGUGCGAUCAUUCUCUAAUGAGACCAAAAUGGUGGACCUUUAUAGUGAUGACAUAGACAAGAGCUACAACCUGGGAAGAAGACUGGCCUUCAUGAUUGGUACCUUCAUGGGCUCUGUCAGCUUUUGUAUGUAUGGUGCAUCUAGCCUGGUGCUAUGGUACGGAGGCUACCUAGUGUGGAACAGAGAGAUAGACCCAGGCACUCUCAUCUCUCUCAUGCUCUACACCUUAAAUCUGGCCAUGUCCUUCGCUUUUCUGUCUAACCUUUAUGGCGAGUUCAUGCAAGCUGUGGGAGCAUCUGUUCGAAUCUUCCAGCUGUUAGAUCGUGUGUGUAGUGUACCUGACGGCACCACUAUUUUGGACCCUUUUGAGGGAGAGAUAAGUUUUGAAAGAGUAAAUUUCUGUUAUCCUUCUCGACCUGAGGAACAUAUCUUGAAAGACUUAAGUUUUGAUGUGAAGCCCGGUCAGGUGGUGGCUUUGGUUGGACCAUCUGGUGGUGGCAAGUCAACCAUCGUCAAACUCAUCGAGUACUUCUAUAAUCUGAGCGGUGGACGGAUUUUAUUAGGUGGUAGGGACAUCCGGGAUUUGGAUCCAUCUUGGUUUCGCAAGCACAUUGGGCUGGUGAGUCAAGAACCUGUUCUGUUUGCCUGCUCCAUCAGUGACAACAUCUGCUAUGGGAGGAGCAAUGCCACUCAGAAAGAGAUUGAGGAUGCUGCCAGACAAGCAAAUGCACAUGACUUUAUUACAACUUUUGAGGAAGGGUAUGACACAAUGGUGGGGGAGAGAGGGGUGAGAUUGUCAGGAGGACAGAAGCAACGUAUUGCAAUAGCAAGGGCACUGCUACUGAACCCGGACAUUUUGUUAUUGGAUGAGGCAACGAGUGCCCUUGAUGCUGAGAGUGAGCAUCUGGUUCAAGAGGCCAUUGAUAGAGCAAUGAAAGGCAGGACUGUAAUCGUCAUCGCCCACAGACUGUCCACCGUUAGGAAUGCCUCUCAGGUGAUUGUGAUAGAUAACGGUACAGUGGCUGAGCAAGGAACUCACGAUGAACUGAUAGCUAUGCAUGGAAUAUAUAAGCAACUGGUGGUACGUCAACUAAAUGCCGGGGAGCUACAGUCAGACUAGUACGACACAAUUUAUAGUUCGUAACAGUGUUGUGCGUGUAUGCGUGCUUUUUAAACAUAUUUAUUGUAUGAUUUUUCAUGUAUAAAGAUGUGUCACUGUGCAGACUCAUGAUUAGCUAGCUGCAACUCUAGAUUUUCACUGAGUUUUAUUUAAUACCGACAGUAUACGGUGCUGUUUUAUUUAUAAUUGAUGUUGUUAUGCCAUUGCAAACAGGUACAUGAAUAUCUGUGUAAUUAUAAUG